AUGCAAGGAUUGGUGGUGUUUUUAAUUCUCCCGAGUUUUGUUUCCUGUCAGUUUCGGAACGAUAUACCGUAUAAUGUUGUGGAAAUGAUCAAGACCAUGUUCUUGCGAGAGUAAGUGUUUCAAUUCGAAUUCUUGGGUUGCGCAUUUAUGGUGUAACUCCUGUAUGACGAACUCUUGUAUAACAAACUUAUGUAUAACAAAUCAAAUUUAAAAUUUGCUUGUUAUAGAGUUUCAGUGUAGGGGAGUUUAAUUCAGCCCUAGUCAUAGCUCGCCAAACAAUAUGCCGCAUAUUUUCAGAAUUGAAGAUGACAGGUGCAUACUACCGUUCCAAGAUGGUUACAGUCAACGUAAGGUCUCUUCACAAGUGCCAACGAAUAAAUGGCCGUACAGCCAAUUUCUAGAGUUGCAGCCAAUAUGUCUGAACAUUUUGUAAGUUACUUUUUGAGUCUUUUUUAUCUUUAUUUUGUUUUUUAUGACAUUGAGUUGUAAUACCUAUUUGUAGUGGUUGUAGGUAACAAGACUUUCAUAUCGUAUUAUCAUUAGUCCUAAGACUUUCAUAUUGUAGUAUCAUCAAGCCUUUAGUUUAAGCCUAAUGGUAUCACAAUAAAAAAAGUCUUAUGGCUAAUGAUACUACAUAUUAUAAUGACAUACAGUCUCUAAAAACAAUAUGUCUUUACCACGUAUAGUAAGGGCACAGUCUCUAAAACAAUAUUCCCCUACUACAUAUUUAUAUCAGGUUAUCCGAAUAUGAUGAGCCAAAAUUUUCAAAAUUGGGCGCUUUGAAUGGCUCAUUUAUAUUCGAACAACCUGAUAAUAAUGGCAUACUAUCUAAAAAAAUAUUCAAUCAAGAGUUUCAGCUAUGGCAAAGUUCGAAACAAUGUAACACUGGUCGAUAUUAGUCAGAUUAAGCUAGCCAUACAGGACAUCCGCUUCAAUCAAGAACUGUACUUGGCAUUUUGGGCAACUAACCCUGUUUCAAUCGAGAUCAGCUGUCUAAAGGGCUUCGCUGUAAGCGUAGGUCUUAGUCGAGGUUGGUUUUUGGUCUUUUAGUUUUAGAUUUUGCCACAAUCUUUAAGGUUUUGCUGUUAUUUUUGAUAUUUUGUCAUUACUUUGUAAAAUUUUUAUUUCUUUUUUUCAUUAUUUUCAAAAUUAAGGCAUUAUUUUUGAAAGUUCCUCCAUUAUUUUUUAACUUUUGCCAUUACUUUUUCGGUAUUAUCAACAUUUUUUUAGAAUUUGUCAUUAUUUUUAAUACUUUUUCUUUUUGUAGAACUAACCACAGUAACCAUUAAUAUUGAUCAGUGUGGAGGAAAAGUAAGUAUUCUUUAGAUAAAUGUUUGUUUAUCAAAACAAAACUUUUUUUUCAUUUUUUUAAAAUUUCAGUUUCAGGAUUUGCCUGCGUUUAACAUUUACCUAAAGUACCAAUCAGAACCAACGCCUUUUGAGUUCAUAGCUUGGGUAAGUUACGGUAACCUCUAUUAAUAAUAUGAGUGUUUUGGUUUGGGACCAGCCACUUUCAAAUUUGGUUUAGCCCAGUCCAAGCUCGGGCCUAGCAGAUCGACCCCUUAUCAAGUCUAGGCCUAAAAGACUAAAAUCAAUUCAUAAUAAAAGUCAUUUUAGGGUCCAUUUAGUUCCAUUGUUGGGUUUGAUAAAGGGUCGUACACUCCAAGUUUCCCAGAUGACCAGUUCGAAAGAGUCACAAGCUAUGUCAAGGUUUACCAUCUGUAAGUACACCUUUAGCCAUAUUUUCUAACUCUUAUCACACAUAUAGCCCUAAUUUCUAAUUUAUUGUUUUUUCAGAUCGAUAAUCAUAAUUGGUGUGCUCCUUAUGGUAUCAAUGAUACUACUGCCCUGCCUGUUUGUUUUCUACUAUGGGCGACGAGACCCAUUCGAUGCCAACUCAAUGAUACCAUUUUACGCAGAACUUGGUUCGAGAGGGAGGUCAUAG